AUGGAUCGAUCACUUCCUCGCUCGAUUUCUCCCAUCCUCAUCCUCUGUUUGGUCCUUUCAGCAGUCAAUGGUAGUUCCAACUCCUGUUCCAAGUUCCCAGAAAUUGAACCUUCUGUUAGUAUUGGGGUUUUGGUGAGAAAUAAGGCUCAUAGCCUUCCGUACUUCCUACAUCAUCUCGAACAACUAGAUUAUCCAAAAAAGAGAAUUCAUUUAAGUUUUCGACUGGAUAAUACAAUAGAUAGAAGCGCACGAAUUCUGGAAAGUUGGGUAGACAGUGUCCGAGAUUUAUACCAUGCCAUUGAUCUUGAUAUGGACGAGACGAAUUCACAUCCCGUCAGCCCUAGUUGGGCAAAGGAUCAUCACCAACAUCUGAUAAAUCUUCGUCAAGCUUCUCUUGACCGCGCCUAUGAACUCAACGCUGACUUCUUUUUCAACUUGGAUGCAGAUGCCAUUCUAUUGAACAAUGCAACUCUAAAGCGGCUUGUUGAAGUCAGUUCCUUCUCCUCGAAGCAGUACCCUGUUCCGAUAACUGUAAUUGCUCCUAUGCUCAAUUGCACGACCUCUGAUGUAUUUUCCAACUUUUGGGGCGACAUUACCGAGGAAGGCUACUAUAAGCGAUCACAGGACUACUUUGAUCUUCAACGUAGACACAAGGAAGGGAUAUUUGCUGUAGCAAUGGUUCACACAGCGGUUCUGGUUAACCUUCGCCACACCAGGGAGGAACGUCUGUCCUUCAAGCCCUUAAACUCAGGGUACAAUGGGCCGAUUGACGACAUUAUCAUUUUUGCAAGAAACGCGCAGUCACAGGGUAUUCAAUUUUACCUUGACAAUCGAGUAUUUUACGGCUACUUUCCUUUGCCCUUGGAUGAGGCUGAAAUCCCACCAGCCUAUCGAGACUCGGCCAAAUACCUCCUCGACAGGGAGGCUGAAGUUUUUUUGCACCUUCGUCUGAAUGCCAUCUUUGAUGACGCAUUGCCUAAUGGUUUUGCCCUGAAUUUCUCGCCGAGGUUGGAAAAGUUUGUGGAAAUACCAGAGUCUUCGCUUCUUGGCUUCGACCAGAUCUACCUUAUUAACUUGGAGCGACGGCCAGAUAGGCUAGAAAAAAUGAAUUACGCAUUACGCGAACAGGGUGUGAAGGCGAAGCUGAUUCGUGCAACAGAUGGAAGAGAGUUGAACCCAGAGAUCAUAAAGCAGUGGAAUAUCACCCAGCUCUCCGGCUAUGCCGAUCCCUACCAUAAGAGGGCACUCAAGUACGGCGAGAUUGGAUGCUUUUUAAGUCAUUAUCGGAUAUGGCAGUUGCAUCCUAUGGAAUUAAAGGACAUGCUUGCCAAGGACUACGAACGAAUCCUGAUAUUGGAAGAUGAUCUGCGCUUCGUGCCAGGCUUUGUCCGGCGCCUGGAGGCCACUGUGAAGGAGGCUGACGUAACGCUACCUGAUUGGGAGCUACUUUAUGUGGGUCGCAAACGCAUGUCCAGCAACGAGGUGAUGGUGAGAGGGGCACGGUUCCUUGCAUACCCUAGCUAUACCUACUGGACCCUAGCCUACGUGCUUCGGCGCUCAGGAGCACAGAAACUGAUGACGCAGCGCCCUCUGGAGAAGAUGGUGGCAGUAGACGAGUUCCUACCAAUUAUGUUUGACCGCCAUCCAAACAAGCGUUGGCUGGCUUAUUUCGAGCCCCGCAAUCUGCUGGCCAUCUCGGCAGAGCCGUUACUGGUGGAGCCACUGCGGUACACUGGGGAACCUUUUUAUGUCUCUGAUACUGAAGACUCGGAAAUCAUCCCGGAGUUCCUCUACACAGAGAGAGAAGAGGACAUAACUUGGAAGGAGAGGCACGAGUCAUGA